AUGAUAAGCGAAUCAAAGUCAGACAGCAGGUUCUCAAAUCUUUUUUGUGUUUCCAGGGACACCCCCACCCCUGGUGGGUUUCCGAGCACGAAUUCAAGCAGCCCAGACUGGGAGACCGAAACGACAGCACUGGACAGAAGCAAUGGGACCACGACUCCAAAGCCUGACAAACUGCUUCUGGUCUCUAGCUGGCUGAUGCUCUCCAUUGCCCUCGCUGGGCUGGCUGGAAACGCGGCUGUGCUCUGGCUCCUGGGCUUCCGCAUGCGCAGAAACGCCUUCUCCGUUUACGUCCUCAACCUGGCAGCAGCGGACUUCUUCUUCCUCUGCGUCAGCGUUGUGCUUUCUCACUUCAGUUUGUUCUCCACCUCAGUCCCUCAUUUCUUAACCUCUGUGUGGAAUUUUUUCUACCUUACCGGUCUGAGCAUAAUCAGCGCCAUUAGCACCGAGCGCUGCUUGUCCGUCCUGUGGCCUAUUUGGUACCGCUGCCACCGGCCCAGACGCCUGUCAGCUGCCAUAUGUGCCCUGCUCUGGGCCCUGUCCCUGGUGUUGAGCUUCCUGGAAGGGUACAGUUGUGGUUUCCUGUUUAGCGAUUGGGAACCUUCUACAUGUCGGUCAUUUGAAUUUCUCGCUGCAGCGUGGCUGAUAUUAUUAUUUUUGAUCCUCUCUGUGUCCAGCCUGGCCCUGCUGUUCAGGAUCCUCUGUGGCUCACAGAGGUUUCCCCUGAACAGGCUGUAUGUGACUGUCCUGCUCACAGCUCUGGUCUUUCUCCUAUUUGGCAUGCCCGAUGGCAUCCAUUGGUAUCUCUUAUUCUGGAUUGCUGGAUUUUAUAAUAAUUCCCAUGCCUAUUUUAACCAGGUUACACAGGUCCUGUCCUGUGUUAACAGUUCUGCCAACCCUAUCAUUUACUUCUUCGUGGGCUCCUUUAGACAGCGGCGGAGGGGACAGACGCUGAAGCAGGUUCUCCAGAGAGCUCUGCAGGACGCUCCUGAGAUGGGUGAAAGUGGAAGCGGGCUUCCCCAGGGAACCCCAGAGAUGUCGGGGAGCAGCCUGCUGUAGCGAUGGAGACCCCCCUCUGCACUCACGCAGAUACGGCUUCCAGAGCCAGUCCUGCUCCUAUCACAUCAGGAAAUUUUCUGUCCUCCUCCAGGCCUUCACCCAUCCUAGUGCGAGCUUUGUAAUCUCCAGAAUCCAGGACUUUCCCCACUUUUGAGGACCCUAUCUUUAGUACAAGACUUUAAGCAAGUGCAGGAAAAUUUUGAAUUCCUUUGGCUAUUGUACCUGACAGGAAUUCAGGAACUCUAAGAAUUUUCUAUUUUGACAAGUAUCUUUUGUUUCUGUCCCAUAAUUUCUCUCUAAAUAAAAUUAAGACUAUUCCAUUUCAAUCCAUCCCCAAAAGAGAGGUCUUCCUUAAUUCUGUCAGUCCUUAAAAUAUCCCCCUUACUUUAAUUAAAUAUUUAUUGAAUAAAUGACUUGGUUGACAAGUAUAAGCUGAUGGAUUUUUUUCCGGUGACUUUUUUGCUUUUUGCUUUGAACAUCAGCAUUAAGUGGGUUACUGUACACAUCCAAAGGCC